GUGAUGCUGAGGGUCUCCAACCCGCCGCCUCCAGGUCCAGGUGUGGACGGUGGCAGCUACAACGGCUUUUUCAGCAUAGAUAAGCGAAAAAAGCAAGUUACUCUAACGGAUCCUUCCAUUUGUAAUGGCGUCGCUGCCCCCGAGGACAGGAGGGUGGGGGUGGCGGCCCCCAAGAUGUUCGCCUUCGAUGCUAUUUUUUCCCAGGACGAUUCUCAGACGGAGGUUUGUUCAAGUGCCCUCACCGAUGUUGUCCAUGCUGUCAUCAACGGUACUGAUGGUUGCCUCUUUUGCUUCGGACAAGCUGGACUAGGAAAAUCCUAUACCAUGAUCGGCAGUCCUGAAAGCUCGAACACUAUUGGAAUCAUCCCGUGUGCAAUAUCGUGGUUGUUUAAAGGUAUAAACGAACAAAGGCAGAAGACCGGUGCCAGAUUUUCAGUACGGGUGUCGGCUGUGGAAAUCUGUGGACCGACCAAUCAACUUAAGGAUCUAUUAGCUGGAUUUGCUAGUGAUUCGGAACAAUCACCAGGAAUGUACUUAAGAGACGAACACCUCUUUGGCAACCAACCACCUCACUGUGAGCUGCGAGUACCUAGUGCUGAAAGAGCUGCCCAUUAUUUAGAUGCUGCUAUCGAGUGUCGGUCGUGCCACAAGGAAGAUUAUCGGGAUUCCCAUUUUUUAUUUACGUUACAUGUAUACCAGUAUAGUGUUGCUGGAAAGGGAGGGGUGGCUGGUGGUCGAAGCCGUCUACAUCUCAUCGACCUCGGCAACUCAGAUCGAAGCAAAUCCAGCGGAGGCAUUCCCCUUUCGGGAGUCGGUAACAUCAUCCUCGCAAUCUUCAACGGCCAGAAGCAUCUGCCCUACAAAGAACAUAAAUUGACGCAACUGUUGAAGGAAUGUCUUGGCUGCGUGACAUGCCAUGCGACCAUGAUAGCCCACGUGUCGCCGUUGGCUCAGAACUAUUUGGACACGUUGACCACAGUUCAGUUGGCUUCGAGGAUACACCGAAUGAGGCGGAAAAGGAUCAAGUUUGUAUCGACGGCAGCCGGAAAUGGUUCAGGAGGUAGUUCCGGUGAAGAUGCUUCCAGAACAGCCGGCACAAGUAGCGAACCAGAUCCAUCCAGCAGUGAUCUCUCGGCAGAUACAGUCAUCUACGUAGGUAGAGCUGACGAUGCCACCGAUGGAGAACAUCCUCCUGUCUAUAUACCUAGUCUUAACUCCGGGGAUAAUCGUUGUUCCAUGAGCAAAGCUUUAAGAGGCUCCAUUGCUGAGCAAAGACCAUCACCAUCCAAGUCAACAAAAUCUGAGGAAAGGAAAAACCAAGAACGAAGUACAUCGAAGCAAAAUCAGAGCUAUAAAAGUUCUCCUAGUCAUAAUAGUAGCCCUAAGUCUUCCCCUAGUAGAAAAGAUCCUACCAAGAUGAAGAUGGAGUCUGUCAAAUAUGCUAUGAACGAGUGUAGUGAUGAGCAAUGGAUUGAUGGGCCCCGGAUUUCGAAAUCGAGGGUGGCUGAAGCUUUCCAUCUAAUGAAAGAAAAAUGCCAUGUUAGAAAACGAGAGACCUGGAUAGAUGGACCAAUGAAGGAAGACACUAGCUGCUCGUAUGGUUACAUGGACAGCCAUAAGAAAAAUAUGAUAAGGAAAUGGGUAGAACACCAGACUAUACAGAUCCAGAAGUCACGGCAUGUUAUACCAAAGGCUACGACUGUAAAAUUAAAGGAAACACCGAAAGAAGUUCCACAAAGCCAACCAAGUGAACAGACUGAAAAUCUAACAGAGGUAAACAAUUCAAGAAAACAAGAUUCUACAGAGGAUCUAUCAAUCUCACGAAAACCACCAUCUAUUGAAGAAGACCUAGAAGAUGAGGAAGAACCGGAAAUACCACCUGCUCUACCAUUAAUCCAACCGUUGAGUAGCAGAGAAGUGUCGUUAGAAAGCUUAGACCAAAUCCUCAAAGACAGAAUGAUCUCAAACGCAGAAUACAACAACUAUCAAAAAUUUGCUUUCGAGGACCAUAAUACUCAAGACGAAGUGUUAGAAAUAAUAGAAGUCGAGGAACCCUUAGAACCAGUACCUAUGCAAGAUAGUUGCUUGCAAGUAACCGAAGAAGACAUUGCUUUGUGUAUGGGUUACGUUGAAAAUCCCUUACCAGAAGUUGAUCAAGAGAAUCCCCUCGAUCAUCCUCUUAGGAUACUAAGUCAGGAGAAUCUUACUGUUGUGUCCACGUUCACAGACUCUUUGUCAGCGUUUAGUGAUCUGGAUAGACUUCUGCCGAGGUAUCAUCUAGACAUGAAUGGGUAUUACAACGAUUAUGAGGAUGUUGACAAUCCGGCGUUGCACAACAACUUAGUAGAUGAUUCCUCCAUGACAAAAUUGAAUCAGCUCACUCGAUUACACGAACUAUACAGCAAUGAACUCUCCAAAGCGAAGGUUUGUAACCCAAGAAGCAGUACCAAAGACAAGAUGUCAAGGUGCGAGUCUCUUACUUUGGCAGAUAUGUUGUUUGGAAGUGAGAAGGAAAGAAACGAUGAUGGCAGUAUAUACAGUGAACCGGUUUAUGUUCAGGACAAGUUUUGUGAAAACUGUAAAAUUAAUAUGUGCAGACAGACCGCAGUACCAAACUGGCAUAGCAAUGGUCCGUUUUUUAGUAGCACACAAAAUAUUUACGAAAGAAGUCAGUUGGACUCGGGAGGUGGUUUUCAACGGUAUAAUCAUGGUGAAAGAGAUACAUUAUCCAAUCUGCGUCAUCCAGAUGGAGCGUCCAAUCCGAAUUUAGAAGAGGAGUUAAGUACGAGAUUAUCUUCAAGUGUGCUUCCAGAAUUUAUAACUGCUCAACCAUCACCUCCACCAAAUAGUCUUCCAUCAGUGGAGCGAAUAAACCGAGCAAUACUAAACCUAGAAACAGGAAUAGCUGCCAUCAAAAUGAGCAGGAAACUAGGAGACGGCGGCCAGAAAUCCGAAGAGUACGACAGCGGCCACGACUCCACACCCAGAACGUCCAAACACAGCCCAGCAGGUAUUUGCAGAAGAGCCGAAAGCGGAUACGACAGUAUCGUUCGUGAUUCGGAAAAUUCCAGCAUCGAUUCUGAGCAUAGUCGAAUUUUUCACAGUCGAAGAGGAAAAUGUAAACAUAAGCACGAUAAGUCGUUUUGUUCUUGGUUUUUGAUGCCUUUUACAUGUAAAUAUAUCGAUGAACCACCAGAAACUCACUUUUAGAUUCGUAUAAGUAGUGUUAAUAGCUGUAAAGGUUAUAUUUGCUGCUUUUUUUGUUUGAAUCUAUAACAUUUCUGUGACUAUAAAUAUACAGUGCUAGUCAAAAUCCCUUCCCCUUUAUUGUUUCAAUAUGUCAAUACCGUCAAGUGCAGUCGAAUAAACUUAGAUCUAAUGGUGUGAGGUCCGGUGACCAAGCUGCCCAUUCUAUCGAAUCUUAUCGUCAAAUUAAUCUACCAUGAUAUUCCAAGUUACGCCUAAGUGCACUAUAACAGUAUUCAGGGCACCAUUUUGUUGAAACGUUAUUUCGAAGUUGUCAAGUUCAUCUGGAUUAUCUUUUAGAAUUUGAAGAACUAACGGCUCAAUUGUGUUUUGUAACAUCUCCAGAUACACUUCGCCGGUUAAGUUAGCAUUGAGAAAACAGGCUUAACCAUGUGGUUCCUUAAAAUACUUGCCCAAACAUUUAUUUUUUCUAAAAAUUGAGUAGCUAUGUUUUUACGAAAGGCUUGAGGCUGUAUGUGUCUCUAAUCCCUCACAUUGUGUAUGUUAGCAUUUCCUUUAAGGCAAAAAGUAGUUUGGUCACUAAAACAAAUUGUUUCUUUGCGACCUGGCUCUAGGUUAAUUUGAUAGGGCAUAUUUAUUUAGAAUUCUAAUCUUCGGUUGGAGUCACCAUCUGAAAAUAAUUGAUGGACAAUUUUUAAUUUGUUUUUGAAUCGUUAAACAAUAUGUGAACUAAAUAUUUAAGACAUAAAUACUUUUGUAAAACUGUCAUAAAUGAAAAUGUUGGUAGUUAGGAUCAUGUGCCUUUCUGGUCCAAAUCAAUUAAAACUCUAUUUCUUAUGUAAGGCUGUGGAUACAUAAUUCACAAAUAUUUUACGGCCAUCCCUACUUUUUCUGUCUUUACACGGCAAAUUACGUGUAGUAAAAUUCUCACUGGUAUGGAAACUGCAGAUGUAAACAUUAGGUUGACAGUGACAUUGUCAUUAGAAAGGUAGAGAUGGCUAUUUCGGUUUCGUUCAGUUUUUGAAUGUUCUUGGAUAACCUUUACUUGUAUAAAUGAUAGGAUUAUUUUUUCACUAAUUAUGUAUUCAGUGGUUACCAUUAUUUAUAUACUAUACAAAUAGUCGAAAAAGAAAAAAAGUUUAUUAGCGGAAACAGAAGACCAACUUAAGAUAUGGAUGAACAUAUUAUCAGAAGAAAGUCACAGGCUGUUAAAGUCAUUCUUUAGAGUUCCCAAAGCUUCAUAUACCUGGGCAGAGAACUGGUUUCAUGAACAUGCGUAAAAUGCUCUGUAACCCCAAGCUAUCAGUCACAAUAAGAUUGAGAACACUAAAGUGUUAUGUGUGAAUGUGUGGUCUCCAUUACUAUAUGGUUGCGAGACCUGAACAUUAAAACAGUAUGAUGUUAACAAAUUGAAUUUAUCCGAAAUGUGGAUGAACCACCGAAUGUUAAGAAUAAGCUGGGCCAGCAAAAAAACGAAUGAAAAAUUACUGAAAAUAAUAAACACACGUCCUCAUCUGGUCAAUACUAUCAAAAUUAGAUAGACGUCAUAUGUAGGACACAUAAUGCGCCAUAGGGAAUUUGAGCAGCUCCAGGUAAUAUUAAAUGGCAAGAUCGAAGGUAAAAGGGGUUAAAGAAGAAAGAAAAAAUCUUGGCUCCGAAACAUCAGAGAUUGGACCCACACAUCAGGAAAUGACUUAAUUCAUCAAGCCCAGAAUAGAGAGAAAUUUGCCAUAUUGACCGCCAACCUCAAUAGAGAAGUCACUUAGGAAAAGGAGCCGAAAAUAUCAUUUUAUUAUUUUUCUUCGAGAAAAAUAAGCUUUAAAACUCUCCGUAAAAAACGAAGCCUUUAAUUAUAAAAUCUUAAAAUCAUUUUUAUUAAAAUAUGAAGCCAACAUUUAAUAAUUCACUCAAGAAAAUGGGCGGAAUGCAUAAAACGUAGUAGAUGCUAUUGUUUCAGCAAAUAGUCACUACUUUGUAGCAUUUUCUUUUACAUAAAAGUAGGUGCGUUUGUUGAGAAGAACUUACUACACAACAGAAAUACCUAUUACUGACCAGAAGUAUCUACUAAAAAGCGUAGCGCCAGCCGUGUCUGCAUUACACCAAUCGUGAUGGAAUUAGUUUUCCAUGUGCUUGUGAUUUGUGAAUUCACAUUUUUACGUACCAAAUUAUUAGAAUUGUACAUGAGUAAAAAUGAGUGACUCAGUUCCGAAGCGACAAAAGAGUUACGCGAGGAUAAAAAUGAACAAUUGUUAUUUGUUAAUCUUCUUCAAAAUUAUUAAAUUUUAUUUGAUAAAAGAAUGACCCAAAAAUUAAGAAUCUUCUUCUUAGUUUGUAAAUUUUUCUAUGACACACAUUCAUACCUAAAUGCUGUCAUAUUGUAACAAAACAAUACCUACGCCGAAGACGUCCACCCACCAACUUCACUUAAACUGAAGCAAAAUACUAAUAAACAAGCACAUACUUCAAAAGCGUAGUACAUUCUUCUAUGUAGGCUGGUAAAUAGUAGCAAAUACUACAGAGAAAUGCAAAUGCUUUUUACGUGUAGUGAAAUCUUCAAAAAUGUAGUACGUACUUGAAGCAUUAGCAAUUACAGCACUUUACUUUAUAGCUAAACUCGUACCUAUUUACGGUUAUCGGAACAAACUCUUAUAAAAUAAUACUCCUAUUUGAACUUUAAUGACUUGAAAUAAUUGGAUUUUCCAUAAAGAAUAUAUAAACAAUAAAUAACUUCUUAUUAAUUGUACGCCUUAAAUCAAUUAUAAUUUUUCAAAUACACUAUCAAUACUUUUUAAUAAACAACUCUUUGAUUGAUUUUAUUAUCAUCGUAAAAGCGUUAAAAAGCAGUAGCAGAAUGAACUGCUAUAUCAAAAUAGCGGGUCGGACACAUGAUACACAGAAUACAGCUCGUUCUCAUUGUAUCAUGGGUCGGACACAUCUCUACUUGUCACUGUCUUGAGUCUUGUCAUAACAUUAUAUUCGAAUGAGUGCGUUGUAUGACAAAGAUAGCGAAUGUUCGAUUUCCACGGACAUGGUGUCCAUUUUUUUCGAAUCCUGAGAAAACUAAUAAAUAUUUUUAAAAAAUUUAAACACAAAAUGAAAGACUAAAUUAUUAUCUAGGGCCGAAAGCCCCUUAGAAUAUAUAAGAAGUUUCUUUCGAAUGAGAUAUUUGAAAUUAAAAAUCACACUACAUUUUCUCUUAGUUUUUCACCACUGUAACCUAUUAAAAUAAACAUUAUAGAAGUUCUCAGGGACUGUCGGCCCUCUCUAAUAACGUAAUCUUUCAUUCUGCGUUUAAAUUUUUGAAAAAUACUUAUUAGUUUUCUCAGGAUUCGAAAAAAAUGAAUCCCCAUUUGAAUAGCAUUGCAGCCGAAAAUACGUACCGAUUCUCUUAAAUACAUUAUAUUUACAAUCCACACUAUCGAUGACUAAACCAUAACAACGUGUUUAUAAUAACAGUAACCGACCUACUCAACGUCUUGUCACAAUCACCUUUAUAAAUAUUAACUACAAUAAUAAUAUACCGAAAGAAGCUGUAACUUAAAAUGGAACUGGGCUGAACACAUUGCCAUAAUGAAAGAAGGAAAAUGGACUCGCAAACUAGUUGAAUGGAGACCAAAAGCCGAUAAACGUAGUAGAGGAAGACCAUCAACACGAUGACAAGACGACUUACGAAAGACAACAAAAACGUGGAUACAGAAAGCACAAGAUAGAACACUUUGGAGACAAACAGGGGAGGCCUAUUUCCAACAGUGGAUUUAGAGAGGCUGAUGAUGAUGAAUAAUACCAAUCCGAUCCCUUUGCACUGUUCUAUACCAAUCAACUUGCAACCCUAGUACGUUGGGUUCAAUGUCAUGUUUAAUUAUUGUUCGUUGUCUUUUAAGGUUACUUUUACGAGUAAACAUAUUGAUACAAUUUUUCGGACUUAAGAUGUAAAACAUGCUUAACUAACAGAGUGUUAUAAUAUUAAUACAAAAUCUUAGUAAAAUAAAAACAAAUAGGGAAUUGAAAAAUGUCAACUUUUUGGACAAAUAUUCAAAGGCAGUUGUUACAAUCUGUAGAAAUGAAAUUCGAAACUCCAAUUUUAAAAUUUAUUACAAAAUUUUUAAUAUGUUUGAAACAAGAUGUCAUAAGUUCCCAUUUAAAAUCAUCGGUCAAAGUGGCUUUGUAACGUCAUCUGUUACUAUUACGUCACCUAUUAGAGCUAGUUAACACGUUGACGGACAGUGCGUAAAAUAAUGCGCCAAAUAAGCAAAUGUGACACUGUAUGUAUUUUGCAAAGUAGAAUAGGGAAAAUGCAACGUCUAUAGACGUUGUGUCAUAUUACAUCAAACGAAAUUAGACGUCUAUAGACGUUCUGUCCGUCAACGUGUUAAGGAGCCUUCAUUCGUUUAUUUCCUCCUUCCAAAUUUCAAUAUUACAAGUGUUGUGACGGGUAUUUCUUUCAGGACCACAGACUCAGUAAAUCACAGGUUAAAAUAAAAUACAUAAAUAUAUUGAUGAUAUUUAUACGUAGUUCAGAAUUAUGUAUGUAUCGGUUUUAGAACGUCUUUCGACUUUGUCCGAUGCCUAACUUCCACGUCCUUGUAUCAUCCCAUUGGCCAUCUCUAAGAUCCCUUGUACUCAUUGCUUUGGUUACCCCUUCUUUCCACGUCUUUUUGGGUUUUCCUUGUUUUUUGCGGUUUGGUGGUACCCACUUCAUAAUCUUUUUGGCAAUCUUGUGUCUUCCAUUCUUUGAACAUGACCAUACCAAAUCAACUGUUUUCUCUUAAUGUCUGUUAUUAAGUAACCAUCUAUUCCAAUUCGUCGUCUUACUUCCUCAUUUCGAACUCUUUCCCUAGGGGAUAUACCUAACGAUCUUUUAAACAUAUUCAUUUCUACAGCUUCUAAUUUUUUCCUGUUGUUCUCGUAGUCCUGUCGCCAGGGGGGGUACAACGGCCUCGUUAAUUCAGAUGGACUUACUCAAGUUUUUUUUAUGUAUUUUGACCCGUAGAACACGAAUUUUUUGGGUAACAGUUGAUCCGGAUGUCGACAAGAUUGUUAUAGACC